GACAUCGCUGCCUCAUUCCUGAGUGUGGAAGUUGAGAAGGAGGAGAAGAGGAGUUGCAGCUUUAAGGAAGAGAGAGGAGACAGAGCCCGGGUUUGGAUCAGUGAGCUCUUAUUUUUUUUUUUGUCUCGCUCCCCUCCUCUCCUCUCUCCUGCUCGGCCUCCUAAUUUGGGAUUUGUUUGAAAGCGGGACUUCGCCCCUGGAAGACUUUUUCCUGGCUGGGGAAAGGGAACCCAGCUCUCCCUCUCCUUCUGAGAUUAAACACACCCUCCUGCUCUCACACUCACACACCCGCUCCCCAAAAUGUCUGAUUCUACUGUCAACGCUCACUUGGAGGGGAUCAUAUCAGACUUUGAAGCACUGAAGCGGUCAUUUGAGGUUGAGGAGACAGAUUCAUCCACACAUCCCUCGCCCCUAACACGUCGGACCACCAACCCCCUCCGCUCAUCCACCUCCUCGUCUUCUAGUCAGCGGAGCUACGACUUGAGCUCCCGCAGCUCUGACUACUCCUCUUCAAGAUCUUCUCCCACUGACUCCUCCAAUCUUCGCUCCCCAAAGACCGGCAUGAGGCGGAUUGAAUUAUCAGGAGCUCGUAACCCAGACGCGGCCUCUGCCCGUCGCACAGAAAUCUCUAUCGAGGUCUCAUCGAAGCAGAUUGACAACUCACCGAGUGCAGGCAUUGCCCGUUUUGGCCUCAAACGGCCUGAGGUCAGCUUGAGCAAUCGAAGUACUCCUCUGGACGCCACCUCCAACUCCUUCUCCACAAACAGGCGAGCGGAGCUCAGCAUGACACGGCCUAGUGAGCCUCCUGCUCCUCCCAGGAGGAUGGAUGCUCAGCUGUCCUCUGCCCCAGUAUCAAGGAUCCCUGAGCCCCCACAGAGAAGAGCAGACCCCCCAUCCCCUGCUAUCAGCCCAGUCGAGGGGGCCCUGAGGAGGCCAGAGAUGCCCGCCUUUAGACAGCCGGAUGGUUUGGUACAAGCUGGCUCAGUGGAGAACAACAACCAUCCGCCUCCUGUGCCCAGUGCUCCCCUGCCGUCCCUGGGGGAGCCUCGAGUGGAAUGUGUGCAGUCUCCUGUCACAGAGCCGCCCACAGUCCAACCAGCAGAGAAGCCAGAGGUGAUUCCCAGCUACAACAGCAGUGCCAUGUCUGAGGUGGUGGUCCCUGAUGUGAUGGUGCCCCCAGCAGUGGGUGCUUUAUAUGGAGAGAAGGCCGGAGGUCCUGUGGUGGACUUUAGUUACGUGGGUAUAGACGCAAUUCUGGAGCAGAUGAGGAGGAAGGCCAUGAAGCAGGGGUUUGAGCUCAACAUAAUGGUUGUUGGACAGAGCGGCCUGGGAAAGUCGACUCUAAUGAACACCCUGUUCAAGUCUAAAGUCAGCCGUAAGUCUGUGCUGGCCAUGGCCCAGGAGAAGAUCCCCAAAACAGUCGAAAUCAAGUCCAUCAGUCAUGAUAUCGAGGAGAAGGGAGUGAGAAUGAAGCUGACAGUCAUCGACACACCAGGAUUUGGAGACCAGAUCAACAACGAGAACUGCUGGCAGCCCAUCAUGAAGUUCAUCAACGACCAGUACGAGGCAUACCUGCAGGAGGAGAUCAACAUCAACAGAAAGAAAAGGAUCCCAGACUCCAGAGUCCACUGCUGCAUAUACUUCAUCCCUCCUACCGGACACUGUCUGCGGCCUCUUGAUGUAGAAUUCAUGAGGCGUCUCAGUAAGGUCGUCAACAUCGUCCCGGUCAUCGCCAAAGCAGACACUCUCACCCUGGAGGAGAGGGACUUCUUCAAAAAGAAGAUCAGGGAAGAGCUUCGAGCCAACGGGAUCGAUGUUUACCCUCAGAAAGAGUUUGAUGAGGAUGCAGAGGACAGAAUGAUCAAUGAGAAGAUCAGGGAGAUGAUUCCUUUUGCCGUGGUGGGCAGCGACCAGGAGUACCAAGUGAAUGGCAGGAGGCUGCUGGGGAGGAAAACCAAGUGGGGGACAAUUGAAGUUGAGAACAUUGCCCAUUGUGAGUUUGCCUAUUUACGGGAUCUCCUCAUCAGGACCCACAUGCAGAACAUCAAGGACAUCACCAGCAGCAUCCACUAUGAAAUGUACCGCGUGAGACGCCUCAACGAGAACAACACGGUGGUGGCUCACGCAAACGGCCUUCCAGAGCACCAUCUCUCUGCCCACGAGAUGUAAACACGACCUGCAGGCAACCUCACCUGGGUGCACCUGGGUGUCACUCGUUUUUAUGAGACUCUGACCUUUAUUGACAGUCUUCCCUCCACUCCAUCCGUCUCCAUCGCACAGGUGGACUGAAACUCAAAAACCCGCCAGAGGGACUUUUACUUUCAGCAACUUUCAGCAGCUUAUUGGAUUCCUCACGUCCAGCUCGACUACCCUCUCACUAUUGCAGACAAAGAGAGCGAAGAGAAGUUUGAUUAACGUGCUGCAGCUUGAUUUUUCUGACACCUCAGAGGUGCCAAACAAAGAGCAUCUGCCAAACUCAACAGACCGAUGCUUUAAAAUCUUUCAGCGUCAGAACUGCCUUAAUCAUCAUGUUAACCUCGUCCACUUUUUACUCUUUUCAUGUUAGAUGUUUUUAGCAGUGCCUUUUCAGAAGUUAUUCAAUAACAAAAGCACAUCUUUCUACGGAAGCCUUAAGGGAACAUGCAUCCAAACAUUUUAUUUACUCCAUGUUUGCAUUAUUGGAAAAAUUCCCAUUCAUAAUCUUGAUCAAGGCAUCUCAUAAUCUUCAGAAAACUGGGUAAUUUACCUCAUUAUCUUGGGAGAGCAAAGCUUGUUUUGGAUACGAGAUAAAUUUGCAAAGAUAUCAAGAAAACAACCAGUAAAGAUUUGUUUAUUUCAGGUAGAGUAAAUAAAAGGUAAACAGAUGCAUUUCCUCUUACGGCUUCCAUAUAUUUUCUGUCCUUGUAUGAGCGUACGUGGGAAGUGAUGAUGUUCAGUAUUGCACUCGAUCACUGCAGACGGCUGUCUUUAUAAACAUGUUGGAAUGGGGCCCAGCAGCUCUUUUCCAGCACUAGUCUGUUGUUGUGACGCAGCGUUACUCAGAUCUUUCCUCCAUUAUUCACUAAAAACAGGUUAUCAAAAACCACGUAACAUAUUUCAGUUCCUCUUUCCUCACAUGUUCUGCUUUGAUGUUCAUGCCAUGUUGAGUAUGUUUUUUUUUAUUCUUAGUAAUAAAUGUCUUUUUUAUUGAUAGGAAUAUCUAAAGAGUGAUUUAAGAUGAAUACGUAUUUAUGCACGAUAUAAAAUGUGAACGUUUGUCAUCAGUUUCGGUCCACUUUUUCACAUUAUUCAUGCCCGUGAUUUUCCUGCCUGUUGGCCCGUCACAGUGCCUUAUUUAUUGGAAAAUGUUUGUGAGUUUGAAGGCUGAAACUGGAAAGAGCAGGUUUGUUGGUGCCAAAUAGACAUCGUUUAGACAUUUCUUUAUCUUCUUUCUUGUUUUUCUGCAAAAAAAAACAUUUUUUUAUCGACCAGAUCGCUUUUUCCAAAAUAUACCAAGGAUCUUUAUCUGUUUGAAUUAUAUAAAGUCUUUAACUGUCACUCAAGCCUUGUCCUGUAUAUGCGUCUGUCCUGCAAAUUUUUUUGUACUUGUAUUAUUGAUAACAAAAUUUCCUUUAUAUUAUUUUAAAUAAAGAUUAAAGUUGUACAUACA